GUUCUAAAAAUCUUUGUAAUCUGAUCAACAUCUGAUUUUAAAGCAAUCCGUACAAAUACUGCAAAUAUUUUUGUUAUAUUUGCAGUAAUUGCAAUUUUUGAUAAAAGCCAUUACUUUUUUCAAUAACACUCCUUUACUUACGAAAUUAUGAGUGACUGGGAAGAUGAACCACCGGCGCCGGUAGAGACCUACAAUAGUCGUAGUUUUCAUAAAUCCAAUAACUACAAUAAUUCGAAUUUCGGUCGAGGAAGAGGACGCGGUGCUCCAUCGAAUUCAAAUUGGAGGGCACGUGGUCAAGACAACAGAGAAAAUCGUCAAAAUUCACGCCCUCAGCAUGAUGGUAACAAACAAGUUAUAACCAUACCUUCAAACAAGGUCGGUCGCGUUAUAGGCAAGGGCGGGUCUAAGAUACGGGACUUGGAGUACGAGACCGAUGCCAAAAUCAAAAUAGGGGAUUCCGGUGGUGAUACUACCGAAAUUACAUUGUUCGGUACAGACGAGGCCAUAGCCAAAGCGAGCGACAUGAUUACAGAUUUGACCAAAGAAUAUGUUCAGCCUGCUCCUAAAAACGAGUCUCAUUACAACAGUAAUGCUAACACUUCAGGUAACUUUAGUACGACAAAUGAUUACGGAGACUCCAUUAUUGAUUGGAAUAAGCUAAAUGCUCACUACGAGGAGCAGCAACAAGAGAGGUGGAGUCAGCUCCCCCCCAUCGUUAAAGACUUUUAUAAAGAAGAUCCUGUUGUACAGAACAUGUCGCCCGCUGAAGUGACACGUUGGAGAUUUAACAACAAUCAAAUUCAGAUUAAGAGAACCUUCGAUGACAAGCCAGGUCUUAGACCCAUACCCAAUCCGGUCUUAACUUUUGAACAAGCAUUCCAGCACUAUCCAGAAAUAUUAGAUGAGAUAUACAAACAGGAUUUUAAGAAGCCCUCGCCGAUUCAGAGUCAAGCUUGGCCCGUGUUGUUGAGAGGAGAGGAUAUGAUUGGCAUCGCCCAGACUGGCACGGGUAAAACUUUGGCAUUCCUUUUACCAGCUUUGAUUCAUAUCGACGGGCAGCCUACUCCUAGGGAGCAGAGGGAGGGGCCCACGGUUCUUAUCAUGGCACCGACAAGAGAACUAGCACUUCAGAUUGACAAGGAAGUCUCUAAAUAUCAGUACAGAGGUAUUAAGUCAGUGUGUCUGUAUGGUGGAGGAGACCGUAAAGAGCAAAUUAAAGUUGUCUCCAAGGGAGUAGACAUUGUGAUAGCCACUCCGGGAAGAUUGAACGAUCUCGUAAUGGCACGGCAUUUAAAUAUUAUAAACUUCUCCUAUAUAGUAUUAGAUGAAGCUGAUAGGAUGUUGGACAUGGGCUUCGAGCCACAAAUUCGUAAGUCCCUAUUUGAUGUAAGGCCUGACCGUCAAACGGUGAUGACUUCUGCCACUUGGCCAUCAGGUGUUAGACGUCUAGCAGAGUCAUACAUGAAAGAUCCCAUACAGAUAAAUGUUGGCUCCCUAGACUUGGCAGCGGUACAUACGGUUACCCAAAAGAUUCUUUUUGUAGAGGAAGAUGACAAGGAUAAAGCCCUUUUUGAAUUUAUACAGAACAUGGAUCCGACCGACAAAGUUAUUAUAUUCUGUGGCAAGAAAGCAACGGCCAGACAUAUUCACACAGAACUGUGCCUAAAAGGUAUAGAAAGUCAGUCAUUACACGGAGACCGUGAUCAGAGCGAUAGGGAGGCAGCUUUAGAUGAUAUGGUCACAGGUGCAGUCAAUAUAUUGGUAGCUACCGAUGUUGCUUCUCGUGGCAUUGACAUCAAAGAUCUGACUCAUGUCGUCAACCUUGAUUUUCCGAGGCACAUUGAGGAGUAUGUGCACAGGGUAGGCCGAACUGGCAGAGCUGGUAAAACUGGAAUAGCUCUGAGCUUCAUCUCUAGAAACGAUUGGGCUCAUGCCGAUGAACUGAUAAAGAUAUUGGAGGAAGCCAAUCAGGAGGUUCCUGAUGAAUUGUUGUCUAUGGCCAAUAGGUUUUCAGCUAUGAAAAUAAGAAGGGAACAGGAAGGUGGUGGCGGUGGUGGUAGAGGCCGGGGAGGCCGCGGCGGUAGAGGAAGGGAUAGGUGGUAAAAACUAUAUUCUUACGCCCAUAUUAUUAGUCGUUUCCUGGAGAUAAUUUCCAUUUGACUCAACUCUUUUCUCAAAAAUGUUGUCAUUUAUUCAACAAAAUGUCAUAUUUAUUGAGAAUUGAGUUGAGUGGAGGAAAUCUUGAGGAAAUUACUAAUGAUAUGGGUGUUACAGCUCUAAGCAUUUUAUAAGAUGUUUUAGCAUGCUAGCAUUUGUAUUACUCUUUCCGAUUAAACUCACACAUUG